AUGGACACGAGCGUUGUGGAGAUAUUUAAAGAAGACAGGUGCUCUUCUGCGCUUGCAGACGAGUGUGAUACUAAUGCGUCUCUUACAGGUGAUACAGACACGCGUAACCACACGCUAACUGACGGUUGGGCGCACGAACCCAUGUCUCCUCUCAUUCCGGUCAUCACAGCGGUGUACUCGGUGGUAUUCGUCGUGGGACUCGUGGGAAACUGCCUCGUCAUGUAUGUUAUUAUAAGAUACACCAAGAUGAAGACGGCCACGAACAUUUACAUCUUUAACCUAGCGCUCGCUGACGCUCUGGUUACUACGACAAUGCCCUUUCAGAGCGCUGACUACCUUUUGAACUCUUGGCCGUUCGGCGAGGUGGUCUGUAAGGUCUUCAUUUCCAUUGAUUACUACAACAUGUUUACCAGCAUCUUCACCCUCACCAUGAUGAGCGUGGACCGCUACAUUGCCGUGUGCCACCCCGUCAAGGCGCUCGAUUUCCGAACGCCCCUGAAGGCCAAGGGUAUCAACGUGGGCAUUUGGGUUCUCUCCUCGGCUGCUGGCGUGCCCGCCAUGGUACUUGGGGGCACACAGACCAAUAAUGGCACCACAGAGUGUGCCCUGCAGUUCCCGGAGCCGUAUGAAUACUGGGACACUCUGAUGAAGAUCUGUGUGUUUGUGUUUGCCUUCAUCGUGCCCGUCCUCAUCAUCACGAUCUGCUACACGCUGAUGGUUUUACGGCUGCGUAGCGUGCGGCUGCUGUCCGGCUCCAGGGAGAAGGAUCGUAACCUGCGUCGCAUCACUCGCCUUGUCCUGGUAGUGGUAGCCGUGUUUGUGAUCUGCUGGACGCCAAUCCACAUCUUCAUCUUAAUCAAGGCUCUAGUCAGCGUUCCGGAAACCACGUCCGUUAUGGCUGCCUAUUUCUUCUGCGUUGCCCUGGGAUACACCAACAGCAGCCUCAACCCAGUGCUCUACGCCUUCCUCGAUGAGAAUUUCAAGCGCUGCUUCAAGGACUUCUGCCUGCCAGCACGUGGUGGGAGGGGCGGCAGGGGAGCAGGGUUUGGAGGCGGGGUCAGGGGCGGAUCCAGACAGCAAGCCCAGCCCCCUGACAGCCCACCCAGGACAGCUAAGCCGGCAUGA